UACUUCAUUCUGAUUGGAUUAAGCACAACUGAUGCUUUAUGAUUAGACAUCUCAUCGCAGACACGUUGGAGGCAGACACAAGCAGUUUGUGAUGAUGAGCGUCUCAGAGUGUGUCGGUGUGAAAGUAGAAGCUCCUAUAGCACCACUUCCUUUUUCGUACCUUUGUGAGAGUUUGAGGUUUAGAUGCCCACCUCCCUUCAGUACAAGAUAACGAUCACUUGCAACUUUAGUUGCUGCUUUACCAGUAUGUCGGAAUGGAAACUGUGCCUUGUUCUGCUUCUGCCGCUAACACUGUGUUUUGACCUCGAAGAGACUGAAAGGAAAACCAAUGGGAAAGAACCCGACAUCACUCGAAUAUGCACCAAUGCAACAGAGGAUAUCAUCACUCUUAUAGUGUGUAAGAUCAGAACAGAGAGGACUGGAGGAGAGUGUCGUCUGCUGUAUCGAUACGGAGAAGACUUUGUGCAUAAAUGUGACUCCAGGUUCACACUUAUGAUGGAGAAUCAGACUGUGUUUCUCCACCUGACCAGUUUAACACCAGUGGACAGUGGGAACUACACCUGUGAGUGUUCACGCAAUGGUGGGACAGAUACUCUCCGUCUGAAUAUCAUUGUGGAAGAGCAGGAAGACACCGGCAUGACAUCACACAGGCAGAUUCUAAAUGUGUUGAUCGGUGCAACGAUAGCCAUCACAAUAACUGCAGUCAUAUGGUUGAUCUACAGAGGAAUACGUCAUAGAAGACAACCAGAACCACUGAGCAGUCUUCCAAACACGGAGCCAGAAGACAUCGAGCCGUACAGCACCUACAUACAGAGAGAGAGCGGCCUUUAUUCAACUGUCAUACUACGAUAACUGUAACAACAACAAUAAUCACUCACGCAUGUCCACCACAGAGGACACACAGUCAGAGACGCUUCUGUGGAGCUCCGUCUAUGUUCGCUUCUAUUCCAAGUGAAAUGAGGCCUGUUGUCCACGAGAUGGCACUCUUUAACUCUGUGACGAAUGUACCCUGUAUGUAAGUUUACUGUAAUAAUUAAAGAAACAAUCUAAAAAAUAAACAGUUAAAACUUAGUUGUUGGUCCCGUCUCUAAAUCUAAAUGUCUAAAUGUGUACAAACCAAUUAAAGGAAAAGAUAUUCCUCUUCUAAAUUAUAGGAGAUUGUGUUGUUACAAUG